AUUUAUUAGUUACUGUUUUGUACUAUUGUAUUCUACUCGACUGAACUUAAAAUAAAGGAUUUGUUUUAAAAUAUGUUCCUACUCUAAAAAUGUUCCCUCCCGGUUUCAAAUUUGGUUUCGUCCGUUUCCUUUCCGAGGCAGACUUGUUUAUGUGUGACGUGGCCGUAGCACGAGCUGGAUGCUGCGAUCUGAUUGGGCAAGAGGCGGUGACGUCAGGACUGAGACGCCCCCCCCCCCCCCUUUCAGAGGUAAACAACUUUUCCAUCGCGGCGCACUCAGGGAACAAAACAACACGAUCCGGUUCGACCGUCAGAACUUCUGCUGGACCGGGUGAGCGUAGAGACUGUGACAGAAGCGUGGAGAUGAUCGGCAGGAUCCUCUUUAACCUGCUGGGGGGUGCAGGAGACGACCCGGCAGACGACUGCUGCCAUCACCUGACGGAGGUGGAGGACGAGGGCUGGGUGCUGGUCAACCUCCCAGAGAACGUUGGCGCUUCGGCCUCGGGUACGGAUUCUCUGGAGAACCUGCUGAUCGAGCAUCCCAGCAUGUCCGUCUACCAGAGGAGAUGCGGAGAGGAGGAGCUAACCACCGACGAGGAGGAGGAGGAGGAGGACCCCUCCAGGCCGGUCACCGUGGCGCGGCGCCCGUCCUGGCACCUGGCCGGUGGCGGGAUUCUGCUGGCGUGGAGCGAGCCGCCGCUGGCCGUGCGGAGGUCCUGGAGCCCGGCGGAGAGGAAGAAGCUGAGCCGCGGCGCCCUGCACAGGCAUAACCUGGCCAGGGUUCGAUUCUCGGUGGGGGCGAGACGCUACGGCCACUUCAAGCAGCCCUGCCAGCGACUGUACAACUACUGAGCUCCGCCCCUUCCUGCUCUGGUCCUCUCAGGUUUCCUGUCAGUGCUGCACUGCCGUCUCUGUGCAAUGGAGGCAUCACGCAUCACAGUGAAUGUUUGCCAGAAAGUGUGAGAAACGACGAAAAGGAGUGGAUUACUUUGUGUCAUUUAGAUUACUUUGGUAGAGUAGAGAGUACUUUAACUGCAUGGAAUUGUAGGUGGAAGGUGGAAGAACACGACCUUCGUUUUCCUGCUGAAAAUUCCUCACAUAAAAGAACUUUUGUACGACAAUUGUUUGGAAAAAAUGCUUUUUAUUUGUGUGUUUUUGAAAUGUUACAAAAAAGUAAAUAAAAACUUGUUUUUAUAAA